UUAUUUACUACGAAGACUUGAAUGUUUUUGACUACAAUGUCCUACAUUCAUUUUCCAUAUACUUGAAUUCAUUCCGUUAAAACACUUCAGGGUUACUAGUCCGUGGUGGAUUCCAGGGCGGAAAAAUAUAUUAAAAAAAUUCACAAUUGUAAUUUUUUGUCAAAUCCAAAUGUCAGCCUAUGGUUGUCAGUUCUAAGUUCGAGAGAUUACGAUUCUACGUAUUUUUUAUCGAUUGAGUGCAAAAGAUAAAUAAAUUUGUGAAGCGGCUGGAGUCCCGGGACAAAUCAUGUCUCUAAAUACAGCUCACGCAGAUCAUGGUGUGCUAAUACACGCUGGGGAAUGCAUCAUUUUAUUUUCUGACAAUGUAAUUGUGGAGUUCUACGGAAAUGAAAAACAAGAGUUCAAAGGCUCAAAAAAUGGUCGCAUGUAUCUUACAACCCAUCGUAUGAUUUAUAAUUCAAAGAACAAUACUGAUCCCCUACGAUCAUUUAGCUUUCCCUUCAUAGCAUUACAGGAUGUGACAGUGGAACAGCCCAUGUUUGCAGCAAACUAUAUUAAAGGUAAAGUCUGUGCUCAACCAAAUGGAAACUUCAUUGGUGAAGUGAAAUUCAAGCUGACAUUUAAAUCUGGUGGGGCUAUAGAAUUCGGCCAGGCUAUGCUUAAAGCAGCCCAUCUCGCCUCGCGUCACAUGUCGGGUAAUGCAGCCCCGCCACCGUAUACCCCGCCGACCGGUCCUUGGUACGCCGCGGCUCCGCCUGCCUACGCGCCCCCGGCGCAAGGCUACUAUGGAUGGGUGCCUCCAUACACUGCAUUUCCAGACCAACCAUCUCCAAACUCCGUGUUUGUAUCAAGCAGCCCCCCUCCUUAUCCAGGCGUAAUGGGCGUGACUUAUCCCCCUGGAGGUGGCUUCUCUGGAGUUCCAACAGGGCCAACAGGUGCGACGGCCCACGGUUACCCUGGAUACCCGGGUAAUCAGGCCAAUGGGAACAUGCCGCCGCCAGGGUACCCGGGUAACGGUAAUCUACCUCCCCCAGGUUACCCUGGUGGAUUUGCGCCUGGUGCACCCGCCAUGUCGUCUAAUGAUGCUAAAGCAGCGGAGGCAGCUCAAAGUGCUUACUAUGAUCCGAAUAAGCCUCAGACUGCCUAUGUACCACCACCAUAUGAUCAACCGCCGACCUACCAGGAAUCUACGUCAAAGAAAGAAAACUAAUGCACUGUCCUCAUUACCACAUGAGCACCGCUUUACGCGACACUCUUUAACGCUAUAUGUAUUAAAGAAAUGAAAGAGAAGAGAAUUUGUUAUUUCUAAAUUAUAAUUGUAACAUGAGCUGCAAACAUUGAUUUAUAUACUGAGUAUGGACUUGGUCAUUGAAUAAAGAAAAUGGCACUAACUCUUUGGUGCUAAAAGUUUGAAUAGCACCAGGUGGGCGCUCGAGAUAUAUUUGUAUUGCCAAAAUCAAUGUACGAAUUCAACUGAAUACAAUGAGCGAUCUCUGACUUGCCGGUAGCUAAUUUCGUAUAACUUCUAAUCAAGACUAUGCCGUAUUUAUAUGAUGACAAUACUACAGCAGACGACAUUUAUAUCGAUGGCUGUAAAAUUAGGGGAAAUAGAUCAUUUUAAUGUAUUAUUUUGUCAUUUUCAACGCUAAAUGGUGAAAAUAGAAAAUAUUGUGAUAUAUAUUGAGAGAUAUUUUUCUUUUUAAAAAUAUAGUUGUGCUAUCUGGUAGCUAACUGAAAUUUAAUGCAAAAAAACUUCUUUAUUUGAGUGCAAAAAUUGUAAACUAUAAGCCAAUGUGGUCAGCCAAUAAUUAUUAACGGUUCAUUAAGUGAUUUAAUAGGUUACUAUCCGUGUUCAUGUCAAGGUUUCUUAAUUUAUACAUGGUUUUAAUGAUUUUCAUUUUAAGGUGCUUCAAUUUAUGAGUGUUUAUUGUAGCACUCAUUAAAAUAAUCAAGAAAGAUUGCUAACGUCAUACAUUAGUAAAUCUCGCGAAAUACUUGGUAUUAUUCGCUAAUAAACAAAUCAGAUCAGACACAAAAGUCCAACUACUUAUUAGGUCAAUACCUCUAUAUCUUUUUUUAAAUAAUCUCAAAAUCCUGUUGUAGACAUCUCGGAUUAUUUCCAUUUUUUUUUUGUGAUGAGAAAUACUGUAGUAUAUUAAUAUACUUGAUAUAUAACGCCUAUAUACCAAGUCAGUUAGCUAUUUUAUUAGUGAAGUAUUUUGAUCCAUGAAAAAGUUUGAUAAAGAGUAUGGUCACUGGUACAGUAUAAAUACGGAUAUUGGUCGAUUGCUAACGUAUAUGUUUAAGUAGCGCCAUACAGCAAUCAUUGAUAAAAAAGCAGUUCCUUUUUUAUUGUUUUUAGUCUCUGGUGCAAAGAUAGAAAGUGGUUUGCUCUAUGCUUUAAACCGCUCUAUAUAUGGUUCUAUAUUGAUUCUAUAAUGGUUAUUAUAAUUAAAAUGAAUGCAGUUCAUGUUAAUAUUGGUUUUCGCAUUCCAUUUUAUAAAUAAUGCUUUCUAGCGCCAUUUAUACAGCUACUAGAGUCUUGCUACUGUGUAAAUUUAUCAGUAUUGAAUUGAUUGUCAUUGUGUAUUAAAAUUUAUUUAUAAUUUAUGUAAAUGUAAAAUUGUAGAGUUGUAUCUUAAUAAACAAAAUUUAACAAUUAAUUGAGACAAGGAAUUUGGUGGUCAUUGAGUCCGAAAAAUGUUUAUAUAUAGUGAGAUUAAGUAUAUGUAGCUACUGUUGAAAUGUAAAAAAAAAAUAUUAAAAUAUAAUUAAUUAACACAAAUAAUAAUGUGCAAAUAUUUUAAUGACAAGAAAGUUGUAGUCCGUAAAGAAGAAGUGAUUUCUUAAUUUUUUUUUGGUAAAAUGCUGUAUUAAUCCUGUAUAAUGUAAACAUGAUAUUUGUUAGACAUGUUAAAGAAAGGACUAGCUUAAUUACUUUUUUUUCAUUUAAUAAUAAUUACUUUAUCAAUUUUAUCGAUUUAUAGUUGGUGCGAGUAAAAAGAUUGCUGGUAUAAACUAUCAUUGUGAAUAGUUGGCAAAAGAUGUUCAGCAUUGUUAUUCUCACGGUGCGUGUUGUCGUAUAACGAACUAACUUAGUGUAGAAUUGGAACUUAUUAAUGCUGCGCAUAUGUAGAGAUUUUGCGACAAGUAUGAAAUAACUAAAAAUAUGUUUUUUUUUGCGAACCUAAUUAAAUAAGAGUUUUAGCUACAAUGAGGUUAUUUCUUGAGUUUGUAAGAAUGAAGGCCAUUCUUUGUGUUUCAUCACAGAUAAUGGCCUUAAUUCUUACACACUCAAGUGUAAAAUUAACAUUUUGAGAUGUGUCAUUAUUUUGCGACAAUAAUAAAACAAGCGAAAUUUUGUAAUUGACAUGGGGUUUAGUAGUAUUUUUAUUUAAUUCAAGCAAUCCAUAUGUAUCCAUACUGAAGAUCUAGGCAAAAGCUCAGUGCACGCCACUGGGUAUCGGCUACAAUUAAGGUACAUUUCCUCUGCGCCUGGCAAAUAAUUAUGUUCCGAUGGUUAACGCAACGACUAAAACCGCAUUUUUGAGAAUGCUAUGCGGUCAUCUGUAUGUCCAACCGCGGUUACAAAAGGCUGAUCUUCAAUGAUGAUGUAUAAAUCUCUAUUUAUUGUUUUAUAAUAUUUAUCGAAAAUGUUUAUCCGAAAUUGUUAUUUGUCUAUAUAACUAAGUACUAUCUGAGAAAUAACGAUUCGCUUUGUUAAUUUUAGUUUAGAUUGAAUAAAUUAUAUUUACACCAAA